AACGCCCGGAGCCUCGGACCGUUGAGGAGAGCAGAGCCGAUAGCACGUUCCGAUUCCGCUCAGAAGUCAGAAAUCUCCAACUCCAAUCUCCCUCGCCUCUCCGGCCUCACCAUUUCGCUAUGCUGCCGUCGCACCUCAACGGGCACUCCGCCCUCGGUCGCGGCCGCCCGCGCCUCUCCGCCGCCGCCGCCUCCGGGGAUUUCGCGGCAGCGGGGAUAGGGGCGGCGGCUCCGCUGGAGGAGCACGACCGCAUCUACUUCCAGUCUUACUCCCACCUCGGCAUCCACGAGGCUAUGAUCAAGGAUCGCGUCAGGACUGAUGCUUACCACACAGCUAUCAUGCGCCACCAGAAAUUUGUCGAGGGGAAGGUUGUGCUGGAUGUGGGGUGUGGGACUGGAAUACUCUCUGUGUUCUGUGCUCGUGCUGGUGCAAAGCGAGUGUAUGCUAUUGAAGCUAGUGAAAUUGCUGUCCAGGCUCGUGAAAUCGUAAAAGCAAACAACCUAACUGAUCAGGUUGUAGUCAUCCAUGGACGUGUCGAGGAUGUUGACCUUGAGGAGAAGGUUGAUGUGAUAAUAUCAGAAUGGAUGGGCUAUAUGCUUCUCUAUGAGAGUAUGCUGCCAAGCGUCCUAUUUGCAAGAGAUAAAUGGCUUAAGCCUGGGGGUCUUAUUCUUCCUUCUCAUGCUACGCUCUUCAUGGCUCCCAUAACAAAUCCCGAGAGAUAUGAAAGCAGUGUUGAUUUCUGGCGUGAUGUCUAUGGCAUAAACAUGUCUGCUCUUGUGCCACUUGCCAAAAAGUUUACAUCUGAGGAACCUUCCAUUGAAACAAUUGGUGGAGAGAAUGUUAUAAGUUGGCCAGCUGUGUUCAAGCACAUCGAUUGCUAUAAUUUUACAGCUGAGGAAUUCAAAUCUAUUACCACAAAAUACAAAGUUUCAUCAAUGAUGUUAGCUCCUAUUCAUGGCUUUGGUUUCUGGUUUGAGGUGGAGUUCAAUGGGCCUGCAGAGUCCUCUCAUAAUUUUCCUUCCAAUUUGGAUCCACUUGAGAUUAUUCAGAAGAAAAGGAGACGAUCAUCAGAAGAUGCAGUUUUGUCCACAGCCCCCGAGGAUGAGCCAACUCAUUGGCAACAGACUAUUUUGUAUUUCCCAGAUCCUAUAGAGGUGAAGCAGGACCAAAUUAUAGAAGGUUCUGUAACAGUGUCCCAGAGCGAGGAGAACCCACGUUUUCUGAAUAUUCAUCUAGAGUGCACCACAGGAGGACAGACAUUGGUAAAGGACUGCGCCAUGCGAUGAACUGUUUUUUUUUUUUAUACUUUUAUAGUGGCUGGAGUCCCCUGACAAAGAUCAUACAACUUGCAAAAGGGCAUUGGCAUUUAGCAGUGAGGAGCUGAAGACAUGAUUUUAGAUUUCUUUAAUGGAACCAGAGAGUUUGUACUACUUAUGCAAAAUUUUCAUCUAAUAUGAAGGGAGGAUUCAGUAAUUGUACUGUCUUAUUCUAUAGAGUAUAGACUGGUAGUUGAUUUAGUUGACUUUGCAUCCGCACGCUGUGAUCAUGCCCCAUUCUCGCUGUCUGAGUUUGGGACGAGAUGAGAGAAGGAUAAAAUAGAAAGGGAUAAACUGAGAUAACCAGUUUCUCCUCUUCUACCAAAAAGGAUACUUGCUGACCUUUACCUGUCGAGAGAUUGAUGAUUGAGCCUUUCUUUGUUGAGAGGAUUGUACUUUAGUCAUGGUGGAAAAGCCUGCAGAAAGGCGAGACUUU